ACAAAGCCAACCGCGGCUGCUGGUGUCGCUGUCGCCGGGCGCGAGGGCGCGGUCCACGCGUCCCUGGGCACUGGUUAGCGCCCGGCACCUGUGCUGCAAGGGAGGCACGAGCGGUUCUGCCCCGACCUACGCUUUGGCAGUGCUUGUUUUCUUUCUCGACGGUGCUCAUGUCAUGCACUCCCUUAGCCAGGAGAUCAGAGCCUUCUCCCGGGAUAAUCUCCGGAAGCAGUGUACCCGGGUGACAACGGUAACUGGGAGGACGAUGAUAGAAACCUGGAAAGAUGCCACCGUACAGGUGGUGGAAGAAGUAGAGCCCGGCGGUGGGGGCGGUUGUGGUUUCGUCCAGGACCUUAGUUUGGACUUGCAAGUUGGCGUGGUUAAGCCUUGGUUGCUCUUAGGGUCACAAGAUGCUGCUCAUGACUUGGAUACACUGAGAAAUCACAAGGUGACUCAUAUUCUUAAUGUUGCAUGUGGAGUUGAAAAUAUAUUCCUCAGUGACUUUACAUAUAAAAACGUCUCUAUACUGGACUUGCCCGAAACCAAUAUACUUUCUUAUUUUCCAGAAUGUUUUGAAUUUAUCAAACAAGCAAAAAUGAAGGAUGGAGUGGUUCUUGUUCAUUGUAAUGCUGGAGUUUCCAGGGCUGCAGCCAUUGUCAUAGGUUUCCUAAUGGAGUCAGAAGAAAUCUCAUUCACCAGCGCCUUUUCUUUGGUGAAGAAUGCAAGACCUUCCAUUUGUCCAAAUGCCGGUUUCAUGGAGCAGCUUCGUGCAUAUCAAGAGGGCAAAGAGAACAAUAAGUGUGAGAAUAUAAUGGAGUUAGAAGGAUGCAGUAGUUCACAAGAAACAUUCUCGUGACUGUUUCUCGAAGAUUGUUUCUUGAAGAUGAUGAGUGGCUAUAAUUUCAGAAUUAGCAUCCCAUAGCCACGUUUCCCCCUUUUAGAGGGGAGACUAGCAAGAAUUCUCUUUGUUCUUGCCUUUUUUCAAGUGGAAAGGAAGAAAAUUUGAUCUGAGCAAGUGUAUAUAAAAUUCUUUUUAAAUUAUAUUUUCUUUGUUCUUUAUAAUGUGACUAAAUGUUUCUUUGGUUUGCUAAGGAAAAAUAAUGAUAUAUUACCAAUAAUUUUUCUAAGUGAGCAAAAGUUAGGGCAUAAAAAUAUUUAGUUGGUGAAGAGUUACUAUUUUUCCUUUACAGAAACUUUUAAAACAUGAAGUGCAUCUUGACUUCAGAGGAAGGUAAAGUUCUUUGUGAAUAAUUUAAGAUAAAAAUAUUUUUUUAAUUAACGGGCCAGGGGCUGGAGCAAUCUUACAGUGGGUAUGGUGGUUGCCUUACAUGCAUCCAACCCCCAGCAUCUCAUAUAGUCCCUGGUGCACCAGGAGUAAUUCCUGAGUGCAGAGCCAGGAGUAGUGCCGGGUGUGACCCAACCCUAAAAAAAAAAAAAAAUGAAGAAGAUUAAUGGGACAGGGUGAGAGAGGUUGUUUAGCCAUUAAGGCACUUGCCUUGCAUGCUGCUGUAGCUUGACAGUAGUUCAAAUCCUGGCACCAUUCUAGAAGAUGAUGAAUGGUUGUAAUUUCAGAAUUGGCAUCUCUAGCCACCUUUCCCUGAUUCCGCCAGGUAUGUCUGUCCCCUGAGCACAGAGGUAUUUUUUCAGUGAUAAGGUCAAUAAUCUAUUUUUUAGUGUGGUCUUCUACUAGAGAAUGUAUUUUCAUGGAAUAGGAUCAUGGUUUUGUAAAAAACUUGGAUAUGUUGCUAGAAAGCCUGAAGUUAUUUGAAAUGCUAUCUCUGGCCAGAGACUUUGACUAGGUUUCAUUUCUCACUGAGACUCCCUUGUGGGGGCCAGGAAGAUAGCUCACAGGGCUAAUACCAUGAAUGCUGGUUCAAUCCCUAACAUAACAGGUCCCUCUAACACUUCUGGGAGUAGUGCUUAAGCACUGCCUCGUGUAGCUCCCAAAACAAACAGAAGGACUCUAUUCUGGCAAGGCUGGUUUAUGCAUUGAGUUCUGUGUACAUCUGUAAAAUUUGCUGAAGACAUUCUUUGUGUUCAUAACAAAGUGUACUUAGAUUUUUAUUCUAGAAUUAAUAUGCUACUCUGAUAGAAUUAAGAGAAUUAAGUUUAUUAGCUUUUCAGUAGUCUUUCUCGAAAAUAUCAUUGUCACUUCAAUUAAGGAAGUCCUGAACUCUUCUUAUAUAUACAUGUUAAAAAUAAAAAGGAUAUUUAGUUGAUAUGUACAUAAUGAACAGACCUGUACGUUUGAGGAAUGAGACUUUUCUUGUUAUGAGACUUAUCUUAUAACACUUCUUAUGAAGAAAUUCUAGAAGUGAUACUUGAAAUUAUGUUUCAAGAUAUUUUGGCUUGACAAGAUGCCAUCAUAUGCAAAGCUAUGAGUUUCACAUCUGUUGAGAAACAGCAUAAAUGUAACCAGCUUACAAAUUGUUGUGAAGCAGAUGAUGCAGACGAUCCUCUUAUACACAGAAACAAUGUCUCCAGGUCAGAUGAGCAGAUCAUUUGAAACCUUACUUGUCACAUGAAAGCAUUUAUUUAAAUUCGUUUUCUUUGUCUAGCUAAUGAUUAGUUUUUAGCCAUUAAAUGAAAUAGUGUGAUAUAAAGUCAUAAACAGAACCUGUCUUUUAUGGAUAACAUAGUAUUUAUGUCUGUGGUUUGUAUGCUUCCUAAUUGCCUGUAGUGGUCUGUUUGCAGUGCAAACAUGUAUCAUCUGUGUCUGCAGGAGAGCUUUGAGUACCAGUUUCAUUUUAUCUUACAUAAUAGUAAUUUGCCCUAGCUAAAAUGGAUCACUGUGGACUGGAGGAGUAGUACAGUGGGUAGGGUGCUUGCCUUCAAUGUCCAACCAUCUUGGGUUCAUGAACCUAGCAUCCCAUAUGGUCCCCCUAACACUGCCAGGAGUAAUUCCUGAGUGAAGAGCCAGGAGUUAUGCCUCAGUAUCAAUGGGUGUGGCCAUAAAACAAAUACAAAAUAAAUAAAUAAAAUAGAUCACUGAUAUAAUCUAAUCCAGUAUUUUCAUAGAAGGGACAUUGGGAUACACCUGGCUCAAGGGCUAUUCCUGGCUCUGUGGUCAGGAUAUGUGGUGCUGGAGAUUUGAACCAGGCCUACAGCUACUCUGCCACAUGCAAGUACCUUACCUCCUAUAGUUUUUCUCUGGCCCCUGAUUCAAGUAUUUUAAAUUAAACAAUGUCCCAUUGUUCAGCGAUUUGCUCGCGUGGGCACCAGUUCACUGUACACUGUAUACUGUCGUCCUGGUCAUUGAUUUUCUCAAGCGGGCACCAGUAACGUCUCCAUUGUGAGACUUGUUACUGUUUUUGGCAUAUAUUCAAUAUGCUAAAACAUAUUCACUCCACAGGUCCACGGGUAGCUUGCCAGGCUCUGCCAUGCGGGCGGGAUACUCUCAGUAGCUUGCCAGGCUCUCUUAGAGGGAUGGAGGAAUUGAACCCAGGUUGGCCACAUGUAAGGCAAACACCCUACCCGCUGUGCUAUCGCUCCAGUCCAAUAGAUCAUUACAUAAUGUUUAUUGUGCCUACUGUGAAACCUUGUCAUUCUUAGGAGGUUUUAAAAUUUUUUUAAUUUAAUUUUUGGGGUUUGGUGCCACAACUGGUGGUAUUCAGGGUUUACUUCUGACUCUGUGUUCAGGGAACUAUAUGGGGUGCUGAUAAUUGAACCCAGGUCAGCUGCAUGCAAGGCAAGCACCCUGCCCACUGUACUGUCUCUCCAAACCCAUAGCUUUUUAUUAAAAGGACCUAAACAUUAUAGUACUUUAUGUUACAUAAAUUUUACAUAGAUAUAUAUUAUAUACACACCAAAUAUAUCAAUAUUUAUUAUUUAUUAAUAAUUAGCAAUUAUUAGUAUAUGUGUAUAUAUAUACCAAAUACAGAUCUGAUUCGAGGGGGGGAAAUAAAGAGAGUUUGCUUUUUAAUUUUAAUUAAAUUUUCUAUGAUUUUUUAAAGAGAAGAGCAGCUAAAAAUAUCUUUUGUAUUUAAUUAUUGAAAAGAUUUGUAGAACUUUACUGGCAAUAUGACAAGCAGAAGCAGAACUAAGGUACUGGAGCAUAUGCUAAAAUUAUAUUUAUAAAUAUUAAUAUUUAAAGAACUAAAUCCUGAAUAUAAUUUUCUCACUUUGUCUACCAGAUCCACUAUCACCCUAAUCGAGUCUCCAUGUCACCUUGCUUCCCUCCUACAGUUUAAACCACUGCAGGGUUACAGUGAAUCUUCUUAUGGUGCUUAGAAAAGAGAGCCAAGAUCUUCCAGCAGUCAACCUAGUGCUCCAUGAUGGGGCCUUGGCCUGCUAUACCAACCUCACCUUCUACUACUAUACUUAGUUGUUAAUAUUUUUCGGAUGUUUUCCUUUUUUUUUUUUUGCUUUUGCUUGUUUUUUUUUUUUUGCAGUGCUCGAAAUACCAUAUGGGAUGCUGGGAAUGGAACCCAGGUUGGCCACGUGCAAGGUAAACGCACUUGCUAUCACUCCAGCCCCACCUGCCUCAAUUUUUUAAAAAACUUUGAGUUAGGGCCAAAGAUAGUACAAUGGGUAAAGUGCCUGCAUACAGUCGGCCUGGGUUUGAUCCCUGGCACCACAUGUUUCCCCAACUCUCGCCAGAAGUGAUCCCAGAGCAUCACUGGGUAUGGCCCAAAAGCCAAAAAUAAAUUAACAGAUAAAACUGACUUAGAAUAUUGAAUGGGCUGUAAUGAUAGCACAAUGGGAAGGGUGUUUAUCUUGCACACAGCCAGCCCGGGUUCGAUUUCUCCGUCCCUCUUGGAGAGCCAGGCAAGCUACCAAAAGUAUCUCGCCCGCAUGGCAGAGCCUGGCAAGCUACCCAUGGCGUAUUCAAUAUACCAAAAACAGUAACAACAAGUCUCACAAUGAGACGUUACUGGUGCCGUGCAAGCAAAUCAAUGAGCAAUGGGAUGACAGUGACAGUGACAGAAUAUUGGAGGGGGGUUGGGCUACAGCUGUCAGUGCCAGAGAGAAACUACUGGUUCUCUGCUGGGAGAUCUCAAUGCGUGGGAGACUAUGCAGUCCCAGGAAUCAAUCCAGAGUUGCCUGCAUGCAAGUCAAAUGCCUUAUCCCCUAUACUCUCUCUCCAGUUCCUGAGUUAGAUGAUGGUCCAAAUUAUGCUGAUAAGUCUAAGAAAUAUAUUUCUGUGAAUUUUUCCCUAAACUGGAAAGAGCUCUUGGGCUUCUAAUUCAAAACAACCCCAAUGUAUAUUAAAGCAUAAAAUUUAGAAAAACAUCCGAGGGGCUGGAGAGAUAGCAGAGCAUGUAGGGUGUUUGCCUUGCACAUGGCCGACCCGGCUUCUAUUCCCAGCAUCCCAUAUGGUCCCCCGAGCACCACUGGGAGUAAUUCCUGAGUGCAGACCCAGGAGUAACCCCUGUACAUCGCCAGGUGUAACCAAAAAAAAAAAAAAAUUGAGGUAGUGGCUGGGGAAAUAGCUCAGUAGUUAGGGAUGCUGGCUUUUUAUGGUCUCCAACCCAGUUUGAUCUCUGGCACACGUGUUCCCCUUAGCACAACAGGCUGUGACCUGCUGGUCCCCAGGCACUGCCUGGGUAGCCCUGGUGGUCCUGCUGCUGCAGACCCUGAGCAGUUCUGUCUCCUUAGGCCCUACAUGAAGCUGAACUGCCCAGCCUGGGGGCUGAGUAUUGCCAGAAGUGGCUCUUGGCCCCUCUGAGAGUUGCUUGGGAGACCCAAAAUAUAAAAAUCCAAUUUAAGGAAAUUUAAUAUAGUAUUUUAAAUUUUAUUGGUCCAGAUAGACAGUUCACUGGGCUAAGUGUUUGCUCUGCAUGCAAGAGGCCUGGGUUCAAUCCCCAGUACCACAUAGGCCUCUGAUCUCAGAGCCAGUAGCAGUCCCUGAGCAUUGUUGGGUAUUCCUCCUCCAGUAGCCUCUCCAACAAAAGAAAAACAAAGAUAAAAGAAUGCAAUUAAAAUUGUUGUUGUGUGGAUAUGGCCCUGAAACAAUAACAGCAAAAAACAUAAAAUGAAGUCAAACCAUUGGCCUUUGAUUACAAAACCAUUUGCAAGCAGUGGCGGGGACAGAGAGGAAGAGGGAGCAUAAAGGAAAUAUAAGGCCAGUGGUAGAGGGUCUUGGUAAUUUUGGUGGUGGUGAAACUGCAGUAUCCUUAUAUAUCAAAACUGAAAAAAUAACAUGAUGCUGAUCAUGUUACCUAAACUAUAACACUAACUAAAGCUUGUUCUCUCAAGCCUGGCUUCUUCCUUGAACACAUAUUUCUCUAUAUAGCUUUUCUUGCUUACUUUUUCGAGCUCGUUUUGAACACGUAGUCUUUUCCUCUACCCCCUUACAUCUUUCUAAAUAAAUUUUAUUCACUCAAACUAUCUGGCUUUAGAAAUUAAAAUAGGGGCCAGAGCUACAGUGUAGCAGGUAAGGUGCUUUGCUCUCAGCCAACCACAGUUUGAUACCUGGCACUCUAUCUGAUCCUUGUAGCCACACCGGGAGAGAUCCUUGAGUGCAGAGCCAGGAGCAAGCCCUCAGCACCACAGGUGAGGCCUAAGCACCAAAAAUGAAUAAAUCAAAUAGUUAUAGAAUGUUUUACUUUUGUAUUUUGAAUAUUGAAAUAUAUUAAUAGCAAUUAGAGUUUUCUUUGUGGAUGACUUGGAGAUUCUGAUUUCACGAUUGGUGGGGAAAUCCCUUCUGAACUUAUCAACAUAAUUAUUCGUACACAAGAUGAUUCAAAUGUACAUAGGAAAUCCUCAUCAAAGGUAAUUUCUCCCAGUAUAUUUGCAUAUAGGGAGUUUAAAUCGCAGCGUUGUCUUAUAACCUUAUCCAGUUAGCUCACGCAAUGAAAUAAUACUUUUCAAGCAAAACCACAAAACCACUAUAAAUAUUACACACACACACACACACACACACACACACAUGCUUUUUGGCAAUUUCCAAGCUUAGGGGCUACUCCCAUAAAAGUGCUCAGAGUUUACUCUUUGUGGUACUUGGGUGACCAUGCCAUGCCAGGGUUUGAAGCUGGACUUCCAGCAUGCAAAACAUACAUACUGGCCUUUUGACUUAUCUCCCCAGCUCCAAAAUCACAAUACAUUUGUUGUUUAUUUUUUAUUUGGGGACCAUACCCUGUAAUAGUGCUCAGGAGCUACACCCAGUUUGGUCCUCAGGAUUUGCUCCUGCUAUGCUCAAGGGACCGUGAGCUGUCUUCUGCAUGCAAACCCUGUUCCACAGCUCUUUCACCUAUCUCAUUUAAAAAUAAUAUAAGUAUAGCAAAAUGAAUUAUUUGGCUUGGUCAGGUGAUAAGUAGUUGAUUUUUUUCCCUCAAGGCUGCUGAACUUCUUUUGUCACCUAGUUUUUAUUUCAAUUUAAGAUAGAAGAGUUUAAAGUUUUGCAUUGUAUAUAUAAUGUAUUGUAAGUUAACAUUUGAAGUUUAAAAAUUUGGGGGGCUGGAGCACAGCUGGUAGGGUGUUUGUCUUGCACUAGUCGACCCAGGUUCAAUUCCUCCGCCCCUCUCAGAGAGCCCGGCAAGCUACCAAAAGUAUCUCGCCCGCAAGGCAGAGCCUGGCAAGCUACCCAUGGCGUAUUCGCUAUGCCAAAAACAGUAACAACAAGUCUCACAAUGGAGACAUUACGGGUGCCCAUUGGAGCAAAUCGAUGAGCGACGGGAUGACAGUGACAGUUUAUAUCAGCUUGUACCCUACAGACAUCCAAAAACCUCUGGUUGGAAGAGGAGGGAUAGAGAGAUAAAAAUUGGCCAGAGAGGUAGAACAGUGGAUAAUGCUCUUGCUUUGGAUACAGUUGAUCCCCAGAACUGCGUAUAGUACCCCGCUGAGCACCACCAGUUGUGAUCUGUGGGCACAGCCAGGAGUAAAUCCAGAGCACUGCUGGAUGUGGCUGAAAAAAAUUAUAAGGAACAGAAAGUACAGGGUUAAAGUGCUUGCCUUUUAUGCUGGCCAACCCCAGUUUAAUCCCAUAUGGUCUCCUGAGCAACAGGUGUGUCUAAAACAAACUUGAAAAAAGAAAGGACAGAUAUUGAUGUCUGCUAUUAUAGUACUUAAUUUGUAUCCACUGAUAAUUAUAGCUGAAACUAUGGGAAAUGAUUGACAAUAUACAUCUGUAACCACAUGUUAAAGUGCAUGAAGAUGAUAUUGUGAGAUAAACAUAGAUCUGAGACAGGUGCUACAGAGGACCCUAAGCAAUAGAAAAUACAAAACACUUUCACUCAACACAUUAGAAGCCAAUUGCAAGGCCGGAGCCAUAGUACAGCAGGGAGGGCUCUUGCUUUGCAUACCUGGACCUGUUGAAUUCAUCAGUGUCCUUUACGGUCCAAGCCCACGAGGAGUGAUUAUUGAAAACAGGCUCCCGACCCCCAGAUUGCUUGUGUGCCAGUUAUUAAUUUAUUGCCUCUUUAUUGCCACUGAAUUAGGGUGGUUUUUAUUUUUCCUUUUUUUCUUUUCCUUUUCUUUUCAUUUUUUUUUUUUUUAACUCCUGGUAUGACAGAGAACUUUGGCACUCUCUUGCCAGGCAACCUUUUCUCCCUGGGUCUGGUGUGCUCUGCAGUCUCCCCCAGCACAGAAGCUUCCUGGGGGCCACACUCCCAUUGGGCUUACAGUCUCUGCCACCUGCUCUGAAACUUCUCCAGGGCUUGGCUCCUGUUACAGUCAUCAGCCAAAACCUUUGGCCUGGUGAUUUUUGCAACAGUCAUAGUCCCUGACAACAGCAUUGCCUGGCAUUUUAGAGGGUGAUUUUCUGAAAAUUGUACUAAACAGACCACUGUGAUAAAUGUGUCAUGCAGCACGAAACGCUUCAUUCUGUAACAUGAUCUGCAUUUCAAUCCUUGUGGUCCCAUCCUCUGAAUUCUCCUUUUCAGGGCUGGUGAUUCCUUUUUCCGUCUACUAUUUCUGUGUUGCUUUGUGUCCUUUCUAUCUAAUCAGUCUUUUAUCCUAAUCCUGUUAUAUUAAAUAAUGUUAAUAUUAAGUGUUGGAUGCUCAAAUUGUUCAAAUUGUAGCUAUUUCUUUUUAUUGGACCCAGUUUGUCCUGCCUGUAAUUUAUAAUCAAUUAUCUCAGUAAUUGCAUUGUAGAUUAUCUCUAAUAUCGGGGUUAAGUUAUAUUAAAGACAUGUAAUUAUGAUAGGAAUUUAUUAGCAUUCAAAUGACAUUUUAAUGCAGAAAUAUCCUUGAGCCUGAUUCGAUCAAAGUACAUAGAGUUUAAUGUUAGAAUUAUAUAUAUCAAUGAACUGAUUAUUUAUAAUUGUUAUUCACAGAGUAAUACAUCUUUCAAAGUUAAAAAAAAUAAAAGCACACCAGGCAAAGUCCAGAGAGAUAGUAGGGCAAGUAAAGCACAUUCCCUCCACAGAACCCCACCUGGUGCCAGAGCCUGGCCAGAAAUAAUCCCUGAGCCCUGAGUGCAGAGUCAGGUGAAAGCCUUGAGCAUUGCCAGGUCUAGCUCCCCAAAACAAAACCAGCAGCAACAACAGCAGCAGCAACAAGUGCACACAAGGGACAAGAAAAAUAGUACAUGGAUUAAGGUGCUUGCCUUGCAUUCCACAUGAUCCUAGCAUCCCAGAUGGUCUCCCAUGUGCCACCACCAGGUAUUACUCCUGAUCACGGAGCCAGGAAUAAAUAACCCAUGAGCACUGUGGUACGGAGUCCACCCCUCAUAAAAAUAAAUUUAUAAUUGAAAAUAAAACAAUGCACACUUUUUUUGGCCUGGUGAUUUUUAUAAGAAUCAUGAGACACCUGUAAUUAAGCCACCUUUACAUUUGCUUAUCCAUUGUUCUCACUCCCUAUGUCUCUCUUUAUCACAGUUGAAUUCUUCUCCUAGAUGUGUAAAUUUACUUAAAAUCAUUGUAAUUACUAUUAACUUCAUGAAUUACUGGGGGUGGGGCAUAAAUGAAAACAGAAAAUGUCUCACCACUGGAGAUUUCCUUAUAGUUUUUAUAAAGCAGAUGCAUAUGCACCCUUUUUUGAAGAGUCUAAUCUCUCAAGUCAAUUUGUCUUAAAGUUCUAUUUAAUUUAAAUUGCUAUUCCACUAUUCACACAAGGCAAAUUAACUUAUCUAAGCCUUGUCUUCAAAUUGUUUUAAUGUUUAAAUGAAAUAAGGUAAGUUAUUCUUUUAGCACAAUGCCUGGCACAUAUUUCUUAAUUGCUAUUACCCACUGUAGUAAAAAUAAAGUAAUUUCUUGGAUUGGUUAUAGCUGACAGCCUUAUAUGAUAAACCUCUCUUAGGAAACUGAAAGCCAGUUAUGCACUUAAUAUAAAUCUUUAAGUGUAGAGGAAAGCUAAGAAACUGUCACCACUGAAUUUUGAGCAAAUUUUGAAAUACAACUUGUGAGAUCAGGAAUAAAUUAAAACAUAGCUCAAGUUAUAUCAAGCUCAGGACUACAGUGGAGCUUGAAUCAUUCCAAAACUGCAUGAUUCUGACUAAGAAUAGCUAUAGCCCAAGGGAAGAAUAUGGUGGUAAGGGAUGUAAGGAGUAGAAAAGAGAUGGGGUACAGAGACAGGCAUUGGACCAGCUUCUCUGCACUUACUGGUGCUGAUAAAAUAGACCAGUAGCGAAAACAAGGGGCCCCUUCCUUCAGCCCCACUACUAAGAAGACAAUCUUCUAAUUGCCCUGGUGGUAAUUAGGAUCAAUCUCAUAGUGCAAUAUAACACAAGCUGAAUAGAUUAGUGGCACAGAAUGGAGUAGCGGAACAGUCAUGUGUAUAUGUGAGGGUGACCGUGAUCCUAGAGAGAAUCUUGCUGGUCACUGAUAGAUGCACUAGAGCAACUGAAAGUUUUAUUCUUUAUUUGGAGCUUCAUCACAUUAGUUACAGUCGCAUGUUGAACUUUUAAUUGAGUAAAAUUCCUGCUGGUUAUUUUUAUGCUUCCAUAAUGUAUUUGUUGGUUUUGGACCACCACCCAACAGGAAUUUAAAUAUGGGGAAGAGGGGGACUGGAGUGAUAGCACAGCGAGUAGGGCGUUUGCCUUGCACACGGCCAACACAGGUUCGAUUCCCAGCAUCCCAUAUGGUCCCCUGAGCACUGCCAGGGGUAAUUCCUGAGUGCAGAGUCAGGAAUAACCCCUAUGCAUCGCUGGGUGUGAGCCAAAAAGCAAAAAAAAACA